AGCACGUGUGAAUCUUCUUCUUGCACGUCAUCUCAAUUGGUAGCGAUAUAUGCCCAAUUGAGGGGAAAUUCGAGAUCUUCCUCCCGACUACCUUCCAGUCUUUCAGAGCCUUAUACCAUGGUUGCAGAACAACAUACGGAGGAAUUGCCCUCGGAGGCAACGCCUCUCCUCAAUAAUUCGCCGGCCGAGUUAGACGAGAGCAAUGUUCCUAUCUCAUUCCCCAGAGGUUUUACAAUUGUGUCGGCAAUGGGACUUCUCCUCUUCACCCAAGCUACGAACAUGUCCAUGAUGACAACGGCCCAGUCGGAUAUUGCAGCAGAUCUAGACGCGUUUUCAGAAACAACAUGGUUUACUUCAGCCUAUCUAAUAGCACUGUCUAGUGUCACCCCACUUGCUGGUCGACUCUCCCAAAUAUUUACUCCCCGUGUAUACGUUCUCUUCUCUUGUGUACUUCUAUCGAUAGGUCUUUUCAUCACCGCAGCUGCUGGAAAUCUCACCGUCUUCCUUCUGGGGCGGGCACUUACUGGAUGUGGAGGCGGCGGUAUAAUGGUCACAACAAUAAUCCUUACACUUGACCUGACCAGCAAAAAGCGGAGAGGGUUAUACAUUGGGCUGAUCAAUGUUGGCAUGACGACCGGUGUCUCUACCGGUGCGGUGCUGGCUGGAUUACUAACGCCGGCCUUUGGAUGGCGCAUUAUCUUCUGGUUUCAAGCGCCACUUUGCCUCAUUCUGGGCCCUAUUCAGUACCUUGCUAUACCCCCUAGUUCAACGGAUAACGAGCCCCUCUGGGGUCGUGCCUUGGUACGGAAACUGGCUAAAGUCGACUAUGGCGGAGCCUUAGCUUUGAGUAUCUCUGUCUUCUUGCUUCUCUUCAGCCUUGCCUCGCCAGAGAUUCAACUUGUACCGUUGAUCUUGUGCCUUGUCCCCUUCGCCGUAUUUUUGUUGAUUGAAUCCCGAUUUACGUCGGAGCCCAUAAUCCCGGUAGAAGUCCUUGGCAUGCGAAGUGUUGUCUUGACCUGUCUCUCAGGCCUUGCUUCAAUGAUGGCCCGCUGGUCAGUUCUCUUCUUCACACCCGUGUACGCAAUGGUCGUCCGAAACUGGUCCCCGGCUUCUGCCGGCCUGAUCCUAGUGCCGACAAACGCUGGUUUUGGUCUUGGAGGCCUUCUUGUAGGCUGGUUGCAUAUUCGCAAAACCGGAAGUUAUUAUAUUUCGAAUAUCAUCGUUUUCUUGUCGUUUGCACUGGCGAACCUCGUCCUCGCAAUUCUCUCAACACCUACCUCGCCUACUAUCGUCUAUCUGGCCGUGACAUUCUUGGACGGUCUUGCGGCCGGCGCCUUGAUGAACUACAGCUUAUCCCAUCUACUGCAUCUCACCAGACCAGACGUGCAUUAUGUCGUGAGCGCCCUGAUCGCCAUGUCGAGAGGCUUCGCGGGAAGCUUUGGCUCUGCCAUUGGCGGAGGAUUCUUCCAACGCGAGUUGAAGACAUCCUUGGAGACCGGUUUCGCAGCCCAUGGUCUACCCGAACGGGAUGAACUUAUCCGCAAGCUGCUCGGUAGCCCGGCCCUGGUAAAGAGAUUAACUGGGGUUGAAAGGUUAGUCGCAGUACAGAGCUAUGAACAAGCGGUUAAAACGCUGCUCCUGGGAAGCUGUGUUCUGGCCCUGGCAGCAACGGUCGCCCAAGCGGGCACAGGCUGGAGACCUGCCCGGGAUGAUGGAAAAGUAAGAGAUGAUCUCGAGGAUACUGGAGACCGGGAGUAGAAUCCCGCUUUUCUCUUUUUCGAAGACUGUAUAUAUUGCUAUGAAUUUGUUUCUCGGUGGGUAAUUUAUGUCUGUUCGGGAUUGUUGAGCGGCCAGAUACAUUGAAAGAUGGUAUCCUUUCGUACAGUGGCGAAUCCUACCCAAGCUGUGCAUAGAGGUAGUCAUCAUUUGAAACAUAUACUCCAUAGCCAUGAAGAGUGUGAUCGUAUAAGUAAGAGAAGGUGGCUAAAGUCCAUACAAAGGUACUCAAGCUAACCAUCCACUCGACACAGUUUAGGUCAAGUCGGGCACUAUGACACAACCACCCCCGAAUGAGUUUAUGCUGGUAGAACAGAGUUGAUCGUGAUGCCACAUGCCUGCAUAACAUGCACACAUGGGAAAACAUAUUGGUGUAGAUUCGACCAAGGUAGUGCGGAUGGCCAUUUGCAUGGAUUACAUUAUCUCGGCGGAUGAUAUCCGCAAAAUCUGAUUAUUACAAUCUCAACAUCAAUUUCGGCUCAACGGUUUUCUCCCCUCCUUGGGCUCUCAUAUGAAAGAGAAUGAACCUUAAAAUGAUAAAUAAAGUCCUGCAAUACGUAGUUGCCAACGCCGGUAACCUGUAACUUAGAAUUCUGAGUCCAUCAGACCUACCGACAACAUGC